GAUGACGGGCAGUCACAAGAGGUUGCUCCUGGCUGCUUGCAUGUCAGCGCUGCUGCUGCUGCUCUGCAGCCAGUCAGACGCAAGCACCUUUGAUUGUUGCCUUCGAUAUACACAGAAUGCCAUUCCUCCCCGAGCUAUCAAGGGCUUCACACAGCAGCUGUCCAAUGAAGCUUGUGACAUCGAUGCAGUCAUCUUUCACACGAGGAGAGGGUUCGCCGUGUGUGCAGAUCCAAAGAAGAAGUGGGUGAAGCACGCUGUGCACCUCCUCAGCCAAAGAGUCAGGAGAAUGUAAAAACGGAUGCUCUGUGGAAUGAAAUUGGAUACAGCCCAAGAACCAAAAAGAACCUCACUGGAGUUGG